AUUGAGCCAGACUUGAACACGUUCAUCACACAUCAUUGUCCAUGGAGCUCCCGCUUGUUGCUUUCUCUCUUUUGGUUACUGCCGUCACGGCAUCACCAGCAGACCGUCUGGCUGCUCGAAAAUGCAAAACAUAUACACCAUCUGGCGCGCUCUACCAGAUAAAUAGUCAAAUCUUCUACGCCAGCGCCGCGCUCUUCUGCGACCAACCAGGGACUGGAAUUAACGAGGAUUUCAGCGCAUUUGAUUCUUCGUGUUCAACUACCAACUCUUGUGUUAUAGGCAACGAUGCAAUCAACAUCCCUGUACAGCCCACGCUCAACCUCUCGCUAAGCAGCAGCGACGUUUACAGCGUCGUCGCAGGCGCCACCGGCCUGGACUUCACAGCCAAAGUAAAUAGUACUGUGGAUGCCGGGAUAAGCGGCGUCUGCUUGUCGAAUAAUACCGGGCGAGUCGUUACUGUCCAGUACGGCCUCAACUGUACCAAUGGUACCUUAUCCAGCUGUGACGGCAACACUCCUGCGGAGGGUACGGCCAUUCAGGCUUGUGCCCCAUCCACGUCCAGAAGUAGAAAUGAUUUAGUCCCAAUACUAUUGUUCUCGAGCUUGAAUGUCACCCAGGAUCAGGCGAGAAAUAUUACCGUUAGCCCGAUCGCGGUCAAGAGCGCAGCUAGCCGGGCGUCAACGAGCUACUUUGUCGGAAUUGGGAUAAUUUUAUUUGCAGUAUCCUAGGUCAAUAUAUAACCAACUUUAGAUGGGCUGGUGUGUAUGGUGGCGAGGUGACAAUUGUAUUUGUAUAUUUUCCCUCGCACAUAAGUGGUUUUAGUGGUUUAUAAGAUAUAAAAUAUAUAACUUAACCGUUAGGUGUUCUAUUCAGACCAUGUACUGAACAGUUGCA